GGAGAGACGUGCAGGUCGUUCAACUUGACACCAUGAAGCCCUCCAGCACUGUGAUGGCUGUGGGCCUCUACUGUGCGUGCUCGUCGUCCAUGCUCAUCGUCAACAAGCUCGCCGUCGCCCACAUCCGCGCGCCCGCCUUUGUCACCUUUGCGCAAUUCGCGGCCACGGCGUUGGCAGUCAAGGUGGCGCACAUGGCCAACUUUAUCGAGGUGGACAGCUUUGACUCUCGAAAGCUGAUGCACUUUUCCAUCUACGUCUUCGGCUUCGCAGCCGGCACGUGGACCAACAUGCGGGUGCUGAUGACGACCAACGUCGAGACGGUGAUCGUCUUUCGCACCAUCGCGCCGCUCGCCGUGGCCGUGUUUGACUAUGUGUUCCACGGGCGGGACUUGCCCUCCUUGCGCUCGUGCCUCGCGAUGGGCAUCAUCGUGGCGGGCGCCCUCUCGUACGUCCUCAACGACAAGUCCUUUGCGGUGAGCGGGCUGCGCGCCUACGUUUGGGUCGUCGUCUGGCUCUGCUUUCUGAUCUUCAACCUGACGUACGGAAAGUACCUCGUGUCGGGGCUCGGCGUGUCGAGCUGGACGGCGGUGCAGUACAACAACACCCUCUCGAUGCUCCCCACCCUCCUCUUCGGCCUCCUCGGCGGCGAGGUUGACAAGCUGCAAGCUGUCGAGUGGACGACGCGCGGACUGCUGUGGCUAGCCGCCUCGUGUGUGGUGGGGCUCGGCAUCUCAUACGCCGGCUUCAAGUGCCAGUCGCUCAUCUCGGCGACGAGCUACACCAUCAUCGGAGUGCUCAACAAGAUGCUCACAGUGCUCGUCAACACGCUGAUGUGGGACCAGCACGCAUCCGCCGCAGGCAUCGCGUCGCUCCUCGUCUGCCUCGCCGGAGGCGCGCUCUACCAGCAGGCGCCGCUCCGCUCCGACGGGCCGGAGCGGUCCGGGCUCCUCAACGCAAAGGAGGAGAGCGACUUGCCUCCUUUUCCGUCGGGGCCGUCGCUGAGCGACAACCUGCACCACCGCUGCGACGUUGACUCCCCGGAGGACUUCUCGGAGUCGGUGCGCUCCGAGGCCGCCCGCGCGUCGCCGCCAUCAAGUUAGGAGGCGCGGGGCGGCGGGACAUGUCGUCUUGCUGGUGGGCGUGCGGCGGCUGCAGGAACCGGCUGCAGGGAUCUGCAGAAAUCGGCAAAUCACUCGCGUGGUGUGGGGAAGAGUGCCCUCGGGUGUACGUUCGCGUUUGUGGGUGGCGGGCUGGCGCAUGUACUCGGUCGCUCGUU